AUGAUUGAAGCUGUGUACAUUGCAGACAUUUCGCAUACGUUGGCGCUUGAGUACAGCAACAGUCUUUUACUACCCCAAUACAAAGCAAUUCUACCUAAACUAGCCAACAUUGAUGUCACCACAUUAGACUUUGACAGCUCGCAAACAAGUUUACCAACGAAAGUUAACUUGAAUUCGAAUUACUAUGCAAUCGGUUGCAGAUUCCACUCACUACACUUUUAUGUCUUGUGCUCUGAAGAUGACAUCACGUCCAACCCACUCAUUCCGUACACUUUUAUCUCAAGAUUGGUUGAAACUUUAAAAGACUACUUUGAUGAAUUGACAAGAAGUAAGAUUGAAGCCAACACCGAUGUGAUUACGUUGAUUCUAUAUCAGAUGCUCGAUGACGGAAUGCCGUAUAUAACCGACUUCAACAAGUUAAGAGACGUGGUGAGUCAUACUUCGUUGCUUUCAAAAAUUAUCAACGAGGCUCAAAAGACAACCGGGCUACAAGCGGAGGCAAAGCAAAGUUUCACCACCGAUAUUCCGUGGAGGAGAAAUGACGCUCGCCAUACAAGCAACGAAAUGUACGUUGAUGUUGUCGAGACCGUCAGCGUGAUUUUGAAACCAAUUGCAACAAAAUCAAAGUUAGAGCGAUAUGAUUCGGCGUUUUACUCGAGCAAGACUGACAACCAAGUUGACAAUUACGUGUUGAGCGGGUGCAUUGAUGGACGUGUUGAUUUUUUCAGUCAGUUAUCUGGUGCACCAACAUUAGAGUUGGUUUUGAAUAAGGUCGGGGCUAAUUUGGAGCUACCUCGAUUUCAUCGGUGUAUAAACACGGAAUUGUUCAAAGAGAGACGAGGUGUGCUAUCGUUCAUCCCACCAGAAGGUAAAAGCACUUUGUUGAAAUACCAACUUGAUUUGAAUGAUCUCAAGAGUAAUAGAGAGAAAACCAGCUUGCUAAAGUUAAGUACCAUUGACGUCCAAUUCAUAUCUCAACCAGACACAUCCGAGUUUGAAAUCAAGUUGUUUCCUGCAAAUAUGAUAUCAAAAAUUGACUUCAUCAAAGUGGAAAUUGUAUGUGAGGAGGUGGGUGAUCAAAUAAAAGUGAAUAGAAUCAGUCACGGCGACUUUCAAACCCGUUUAUCUCACAAGCACGAGUGGAGUUUGAAGGAGUUCAAGAAGGGAGUUGUCCCAACUCUUAGUGCAACGAUAAUUGGAGAGGAAAAUGAUGGCAACGAGCAUUUACAAGGAGAAUCUUCCACCCACAGAAAACUCCUGCAUAUCAAGUUGAACUACAGCCACAAGGGUCCUGUACCUAGUGGGCUAAAAGUAGAUAGCCUUUUAGUGGUCAAUGCUAAAGGAAUGGGCGAAAAUGUUAAACCAUACAAGGGUGUCAAAUACACCACAACAAGUGGAGACUACAUAGUGAGGUCUUGA